CGGCGGUGGAGCUGACGUAUAAGAAGGCGAAGCAGGCGGUGUCGUAUACGCUGGUUUUGGAGAUGCAGUUGGUUAUGUGCGUCUUUGCGACGUCGUUUUGCACCGUUGGGAUGCUCGUCAACAAUGAUUUCCAGGCAAUUGCAAGGGAAGCAAGAACAUAUGAACUUGGGGAGACAAAAUACUAUAUAGUUGUUGUGUGGAGUGCCAUUGUUUGGCAAUGUUUUUUCUUGGGAGCCAUCGGAGUUAUAUUCUAUUCAUCGUCACUUCUAUCGGGCAUCGUUAUUACAGUUUUACUACCGGCAACCGAAAUAUUAGCCAUUAUUUUCUACCACGAGAAAUUUCAAGCUGAAAAGGGUCUCUCUCUUUUCUUAUCUCUUUGGGGAUUUAUAUCCUACUUUUAUGGCGAGAUGAAAAAGAACAAGAGCAAGAACAACAUCGAUCAAAGUAACGACCAGACUCAGGCUACAGAAACCGAGUUGACUCAUCGAGUCGUUAUAAAUCCUUGA